AUGGGGUUGUGCUACAGCUUGCGUCCGCGACUUUUUGGUGAACCCAGCGGUUCCAUAUCGGACUCAGACCAGCCCCCCGACUCAACUACACCACCAGUUAAGCCGCUGCACCACCAGAUUAGCUGCGAAAACAUCAGCAAUCCCUCUGACGGAGUGCUGAUACAGAAUGGAAGCGGCGGCGAAGCGGACAGAACCCUACAGCAACAACUACUCCAGAAGAAAACCAUCCCGAAGCAGAAUAAAGAGGACAGGAGGAGGGAAGAGGACAAAAAAAAAAGUAAAAUAAUAGACGAUUAUCUGAAGGCGCAGAAACGGCUAUACAAGCAGACUCAUCGACUACUUUUAUUGGGGGCUGGGGAGUCCGGAAAGAGCACGAUUGUCAAGCAGAUGAGGAUCCUUCACGUCAAUGGUUUUAAUACAGAAGAAAAGAAAAUGAAAAUUCAGGACAUCCGGAAAAAUGUGAAGGAUGCCAUAGCGACUAUAGUUUCAGCGAUGAGCACUUUAAUACCCCCGGUUCCAUUAGCCAAUCCAGAGAACCAGUUCAGAAUAGAAUACAUCAGAAGUAUUGCACCUUACUCAGACUUUGACUACACACAGGAAUUCUUCGACCAUGCAAAGAAGCUGUGGGACGACGAAGGGGUGAAGGUCUGCUUUGAGCGCUCCAACGAGUACCAGCUCAUUGACUGUGCGCAGUACUUUUUGGACAGAAUUGACUUAGUAAGACAGAAUGACUACACGCCAACAGACCAGGACCUGCUUCGCUGCAGAGUGUUGACUUCAGGGAUUUUUGAAACGCGUUUUCAAGUGGACAAAGUGAAUUUUCAUAUGUUUGAUGUUGGUGGCCAGAGGGAUGAGAGGAAAAAGUGGAUCCAGUGUUUUAAUGAUGUCACGGCUAUCAUCUUUGUCGUUGCGAGCAGCAGCUACAACAUGGUAAUAAGGGAGGACAACGACACAAACAGGCUACGGGAAGCGCUGGACCUCUUCAGCAAAAUCUGGAACAACAGGUUUUUACGGACCAUUUCGGUCAUCUUGUUCUUGAACAAGCAGGACAUGCUGGCUGAGAAGGUGUUAGCAGGGAAAUCCAAAAUUGAAGACUACUUUCCUGAAUAUGCUCGUUACACCAUACCAAAUGAAGCAACUCCUGAGCCUGGAGAAGACCCAAAAGUGACAAGGGCAAAGUUUUUCAUCAGAGAUGAAUUCCUUAGGAUCUGCACAGCCAGCGGAGACAGCGGCCACUACUGCUACCCCCACUUCACCUGUGCCGUGGACACAGAGAACAUCCGCCGCGUCUUCAAAGACUGCCGGGACAUCAUCCAGAGGAUGCACCUGCGCAUUUACGAGCUCUUGUGAUGAGGGGGGCGGCCUGUGCCCUGCCGACCUGGCCCCCCACUCCCCAGAACAGCCUCCAGCGCUGAGACAGCGCGUACUACUGAUGUGCAUCAGUGGAUUCCGCCAUUACUUAGUCUUUUUUUAUUUAAAGCCAUUCUCUACUCCAUUUUAUCUUUAAUGUGAGGAGGGGACGGAAGCAAGACAAGUGCUUCACUAUUCCUUUAUCAUGCCUUUUUACGUCAUUCCAUUAAGCCUGUGGCUACCUCUGUUUUUUGUAAUCUCUGUUUUCGUUUCACUCUAUGCCAUUGCCGUCGUUGUCGGACCUGGACUUUGCCAGCGAGCGGACGAGCUGGAGGAGGGUCCGUCUGGCGGACGGCGCUCGCGUGGGGCCCAGCCCUACCUGGCGACCCGCCUCCGCACAGGGCCUCUGAUUUUUAUUGUUUUCAACACUGAAGAGUACUUGAUUGGGGGGUGUUGGGGGAAAAAGACGAAGAUGAAAUGCACUUUUGCAUCAGGUUUCUUAAAACCGGUGAGGAAGUGUACACACGAUGUAGCACCACUGUAUUUAUUACCAUCACGGUUUUUUAGCGUUCCGAGUUGCGGGUCGACUGAGAAGAUCCUGACUUCCUCUACAGGGCGCGGAUGUAGAGGAGGGCGGUUGGGGGGUGGGCGUGGGGGGGGGGUGUGGGAGGGGAACUAGGGGGUUUUCUGAAUCUCUUAGAACCUCAGGCUAUAGAGUAGUCACUGCUUCAUGCCUGCUGUAUCUAGGAAGAAAAACUACCACACUCACUUUGACGUGUCCACAGGUGAUCUUUUUUCUUUUGAUCUUCUUGGACAAUAGUCCCAUAUAAAAAUAUAUACAUAAAUAUAUAUUUUUUGGUUUUAUCUUGUACGGACCGUAUAAGGUUGAUCACCUUGCACGGACCUUAAAAUGUAAUAUUGUUUUGUACAACUUUAUUCGAAGAAACUACUUGUAGAAGAUCUGUGCCUUGAUUAUGGCUGUACCUGUACAAUGAGCUCAGAUGUAAGUAUGUUUUUGACUGCGCUGUACAGCUUGAUGUCAAACUAUCGGCAGGAGAAGACUGCAGGUAGGGACAUUCUCUGUAACCUUAGUUUUUUCUGGUUUAAAAAAUGAAUUGCUCUUUAGUAAAAAAAUAGGAAAAAAAAAUUCCUGUACACAUUAUGCAAAAUUUAACCACUUACCUACAGAGAUGGCCAGAUGUGGCAGUGACAUGCCUUCAUUUUUCUGUUAUUUCUGUUAUGUUUUUGUUUACGAUUUUCAGCUUUAAAACAUUGGAAACUCAUCAAAGUCCAAA